AUGGUACCUCAACACUCUACUGUUGAGGCUGGUCCUGAGAUCUACGUUGAGCACAACGAUGUUCUAGUCCUACCUAUGAGUAAUGGUAUUUCUGGUUGUCUGGGCGACAACGGUAACGACAAGCAUUCUAUCGGUUCUAUCGUAACUGGUAAGUCUAAUGCUCUGUUUAACGGUAAGGAAGAUUCGUCUUCCGCCUACCCUGAUCGGAUGCACUGCACUCCGACAUUCGGCAACGAUUCUUCUACUAGUGCUGUUUCUAUCUCCGAUGGUCGCGGUCUACGUGGUUUACCUAUUAAUCUGGGUACUGUCUACAUGACUGGUGUCACAAGAACGCCGACCCUUAAAGCCUCUACUAAGAAGCGUGCUAUUAGCGCUACUCGUCAUUCCUCUAGAAUUGCCAAGCCUUGCGCUGAUUCUAUUGAAAAUGAAAGUUCCUUAUCUAACAAGGAACGUCGGUCUAGUCUUGGUGAUGUAUCCGAUGCUACUAAUGGUAAGUCUGUAUCUACUCCCAAGAAUGGUAACUCUGGUGAUGAUCCGGUUCCUCAACCUUCUGCUUCGUCGUCUAGUGGGUUUAAGACUAUUGGGGCUGACUCUACUACACCCCUCGAGGAUGAUCUGGCUAAUUCUAGUAAGAAGACUGUUGCUACGGCUGUACCCUCUGCUGUUAAUGUUCUUAAUGGUAAUGGUAUCUCUAGCCAACAUCCCAACACUACUGCUAAGCACUCUACUGGCCCUGUUAAUACUACUAUGCCGGUUACUCCUAUUGUGCAUCAAGGAUUCGUCCAGCCUACUAAUCCUAUUAUCGAUGGAUCUACGGGUUUCUAUCCUAUUCCUGUUAACCCUUUUUCAUCUAAUGCGCAGUCAAGUGUUGGUGCCUCUAAUUUCCAAUGGGGCUACAUCCCUGGCCCUAAUGGGGGCUUAUCUCUAGUCCCCUAUUCGGUUGUUGGUUCUUCAUCUAUGAUACCCUCUAUGCCUAUUGGUGUAACUGGUACUAAUACUACCGACGUUGGCCACGAAUUACAACAACCAUCUACUCAAGGUCCUCUAUCCCUUGACCGAUAUCAAAACGGGACUCCGGCCAUGGGUCACCUAGGAGUAGAGAAGAUCACAUCUCUGUUGCAUCUGGCCAACAUGGUUCCCGCUGUUCUAGAGCUUCUGAGUCCUCUAGGGACAAGGGUUCCUCUAAUUCUCGUCAUUCUAGUCGACCUCCUAGGAAGACUUCUAAGAAUGAGGGUUCAAAUGGUUCACGCCACUCUCGUCGUCGUGAAGAUUCUAAGCGUUCCCAAGGCUCUAAGUCUUCUAUGUCUUCUAGAAGGUCUUCGUUAUUAUCUGGCGACGGCGAACCACCUCGUCGAUCUCCAUCUAAUGUGCCCAAGACCGGUCUAG